AUGUCAUCAGAGAAGAAGUUUGCUGAGAUCGAAGGUGAGAAUGGCAAGCUUGAGAUCGAGAAAGCUGAGAUUGAGGCUAGGAAUGCCAAGCUUCUAAAGCAGGUUAUGGAGGAGAAUAUCAGGCAUGAUGCUAAUAUUGCAGAGCUAAAGGCCGAAGUAGCAAAACUAAGAUACAACAAUGAGAACAACCAGCGAUGCCAAGAUAAUUCUCCCAAAGAGAUUGUCAAUGUAUCUAACUCUAUUGUAGACUGGUGUGUUAAUGCCAAGCAGAAGUCAUCGGAGAAUAGGGAGAUGGAUUCUCCUGGAUGA